AUGCUGUCACAGCUCACGACCCUCGCGAGAUACCUCCUCUCUUCCGUCGUGCUGCUUGGUGCCUUCUCCCGCUUCACGCAUGGCGAGUAUACCCCGGGAUGGUACGAAUUCCAGGAGUAUCAUGCACCAGAUGACGGCUCCACCGUCGCAAUGAUCACUCCGGUUAUGGACGCAAUCGUUGGAGUCACGCUACUAUUUGGGAAUACGCAGUCUCGAUACGCCGCUGCAGCUAUUAGCCUUAUGUUUUUCACCAUAGGGCUGGCCAUGCAGGUACUGGCAGGGAAAGACUACAAGGGUGAUGUGGCGCUGGUCGUACUUGCAGUGGCUGCGGUUGUGGGCUGUCUCCGAAAGUUGAACUAG